AUGGAAGCGUUGGCCGCAUUUGGGCUGGCAUGCAACGUCAUUCAAGUUGUUGAUGCUUCGUGGAAAGCUUUCGAUAUCUAUACUCAAUUCCGCGAACGUGGCACGACAGCAAGGGCAGACGAGCUACGACACAGUACCCAACACCUGGUGACUUGCAACAAGUCUCUGCAGGACUCACUGUCUAAUGCGCCAGCAUUUCCGCUUCUACCGAGCGGCGUUGAUUUUACUGAGUUGACAAAAAAUUGCAUCGAGUCAGCAGAGGAACUCGGAAAAGAGCUCGAAAAGAUCAAACUUGAACCGGGAUCUGGUCGAUUCUCUACCUUGAGAAAAGCCGUCAGAGCCAACUGGAAAUCUGACCGUAUUGAAGAAUUGAAACGCAAGCUUGACAAUUAUGCCAGGGCGUUGGAUUCCACGAACCUCGUCCAUCUAAGUCAGAACCUGGGCACUCUAGCAUCGCAGCAGACAGAUGUCCUGACCAAGCUCGACGACUGGCAACAGAAAAUCUAUGCAGGGAUCAACGAUGGUAAUACGAGCAUAAAGAGCCUCAUUAAAACAGCUGCCGAAGAGGUCAAAGCUCAUACAUCGCUAGAGCAUAACGUCACGCGGCUUCACAUUGACAGAAAGCUCGACGAUUUCGCAGACAAUCGGCAAAUACAGGCAAAAUAUGAGAGCUUCAUGGAAAACUUGUACUUUCAAGAGCUGAACCACCGACAGGAUACCAUUGCAGACGCACACGCGGAGACCUUCGAAUGGAUCUUCGACAGCACCUCGCAUAUCGAAAGGCCAUGGAAUGACUUUCUCGCGUGGACGCAAGAUGAUGAUCCUCUAUAUUGGGUUCUGGGUAAAGCUGGCAGUGGAAAGAGUACUCUAAUGAAUUUUCUGGUCCAGGAUGCCCGUACUCGAACAGCAUUCGAACGAAAAUUUACCGAUGUCCGUCCCCUUAUCAUUACUUUCUUUUUCUGGGAAGCAGGGGUGGACCUCCAGAAGACUGAACUCGGACUUCUGCGUUCUAUAAUCUGGCAAAUUCUCAAUAAAAUGGAUGCUGCCACCUCAAUUCAAAUCUGGUCGAAUUUACUCCAGAAGAUGUCACCACCCAUGCCUACUUGCAAGCUGUGCGCAAACCCGAUUUGUCUCUUCCUCGAUGGUCUGGACGAAUUUCAAGGGUUAGAGGACCAGUUUGAUGCCAUAAGAGGUAUCAUUGGAGUUUUUCGAGAUCACCAGCAGACAAAAAUAUGCAUAUCAAGUCGACCAUCUACCAGUCUUGAAUCGUUGUAUAGGUCCUCCCAAAAAUUGAGGCUUCAGGAUCUCACAGAGUCGGACAUCACGGUGUACGUCAAGGACAAGCUGGUAAAAGAUCUAUUGACGGAGGAUCACCAAUGUCUAGCAACUACAGCGCCUAAAGAGAUGUCCAGAUUAAUUGAAAUGGUUGUGAAGAAGGCGGAAGGAGUUUUCCUAUGGGUCCGCCUGACUGUCGAAUCACUCGUUCGAGGCAUUCGGAAGGACGAUGACUGGCAGACUUUACAGGAACGCCUGGAGCAAAUGUCACAUGGGAUUUUUGAACUCUACGAACACAUGUGGAAGCGAAUGGAACUCGACCACCCCCACUACGCAAGAGAGGCUGCAGCGUACCUACAAUAUGUCCGACAUGAUCCCGGUUGCUCAUUGGUCGAACUGACAAUCGCCUGUGACGAAAGGUUACAAAACUUUUAUCUGGGCAAAUCGGCAAAUUGGGAUUUGGAAAGCUUUGGAAAAGAACUGGAUCAUGAAAGAUUGAGAAGAAGAGUCCUCACACGUUGUGCAGGCUUUCUCGAGAUACAUGAGCAGGUUGACAAGGGCGAGGAUCGAGAAAAUGCUGCAGAGCUCUUUUCCGAAAUUUGUGCGAAGACCGAUCUCAUGCGAUACCCAAACACCGUCAAAAGACUCAUUGAAAUUGUCAACAGCCACUAUAACCUGGAGGUGUGGUUUCUGCACCGGACAGCCCUAGAAUACCUUGAGACCGAGUCUGGCAAGAAAUUGCUCCAAGCUCAACCCCUCCUGGAGCACGAAAUCAUCAUGACACGGUAUAGAUCCGCUCUGGUCUUGAUGAUUUUGCACGUGAUAAUUCCUGAGCCAGACCUCUUACCAGAACAAUUCCGUUUCCUGGACCAUGAUCCGUUUCAAGAUUACCUGGACAACCACUCCAAAAUCGCCUGUGCAAUGUUUGUGCAACUGGAGGAAAUAAGCGAGAAACUGAAGUCCUUGGGGGUUUUCUCGGUCGAAUGGAUAAAAAGAAGCUGGCCAGUCUUCAGUGGCACGGAAAAUCUGGAUUACAUAAAAGCCUUCCUUCCUUUCAGCCAUCCAGCCUACACUGAACACCGUUUGAGGGGCUCAGGCUUGAUCGAGAACAGACACUAUUUGACCGACCUCCUUCGCAGUUGCGUGAGCGACCUCGUAACACCUCCUCCCUCCCUAAUUGCAAACACGCGUCUCUUGCUGAGACUAGGGGCUGAUCCGAAUCAAAAGUUGCUUCCCAAUUCAAUGAAAGGUGACCAGAUGAACCAGUAUACGAUAUGGGCAGUCAUUGUCCUAUGGAUGUGCGUAACAGUAUUUCGAGAAUUGUUGCCGCCAUUACUCAGCGCCUGCAUCAAGGCUGGAGCUGACCUGAACAGCUGGAUUCCACUUCUAUUUUCGCGAAAAAAGUCUCCCCCCGGAUAUGAGUUUUUUUCCAAUGAACGGCCAAUGACUUAUGACAAGCCAUUCAUGUUGGUACGCAUCAAAGCAUGCGACCUUGUGCACUGGCUACCCCUUACGGAGCCAGAUCUGCUGCACCAGGCUGGGGCGAUCAGCGAGGAUCCGUACUUGGUAGCAUUUGCGCCGCCAAACGCAUGGAUAUCAGUGGCCCUGGAUGCACCAACACUGUACCUCGACUGGCGUAGGAAAGGAUCGCCCAAUGGGUUCUAUUGGCCGCGUGUCCCGGACCCUUUCCAAAUCCCUGUUCAGAUCCGUUCGGCAUUGCGGGAUUCAGAGCGAGGUCACAUAAACCUGAAAAUUUUCAAUAAUGGGAUCGACGCACUCCGGACAGCCGGCCUUUCUGACAAUGAUAUCCGAGAGCUUCCUAUCUCGCAGACGAUAUGGGAGGUUUAUGAACGAGGGAGAGGCGCAAUGUGCGACAUGGUUUUGACCGAUUUCUGGGAUUUGCUGAGAAUGUGGGAUGAGGGGAUCAGGCAGUGA